CACAUUUCUCCUUAGCCUAACUGCUGCCACGCUUCUCACCGCCCUUCUCGUCUCGGGCUCCAUUUUCCGUCUCCACGCCUCGUUCUUAGGUGCUGCGCGACUAAUCUCCACGCACUUGACCGAGGGGCAGGCAGGCGGGGCAACUUAUCACUUACCAGCUCUCGCGGCGAUCGGCAUCAUCUCACAGCAGUCGCCCGCGAUGGAUGCCCUCAGCGCGCCGUUCGUGCCCCUCGAAGCCGCGCCGGACGGGCGGAAGGGGAAGGGCAAGAAGCGCCGGGAGGAGGCGGAAACCCCCAGCGCCGCAGGCGACGCCGAGGCAAAGCGCGCCAAGCAGGCGGACGCGGAGCAGCAGAGCGCCGGGGACGGGGGGGGAGAAGCGCCGCAGGCCGAGGGGGAGGCGGAAGGGCAGGCGCAGGCGCAGGGAGUGCAGUUCGUCGGGUUGCGGAGCGUGCGGAGAAGCAAGGAGCAGCAGAAGGGGCGUGAGCGGGAGAAGCGGGAGCGGUACGCUGGCGCGGGGGCGAAGGGGGGCGGGGGGGUGGCGGUGAAGCAGCAGCGGCGGAGGAAGGUGGCGCAGUCGUCCGUGGUGUACCUGGGGCGCCUGCCGCACGGGUUCUACGAAGACGAACUCCACGGCUUCCUGAGCCAGUUCGGGGAGAUCGAGCAGCUGAGGGUCGUGCGCAACCCCAAGACAGGGAGGUCGCGCCACUAUGGCUACGCCAAGUUCGCCUCGCCGGAGGUGGCGGCGAUAGUAGCGGAGUGCAUGAACAACUACCUGCUGUUCGGGCACCUGCUGAAGACGCACCUUGUGGACCCCGCCAUGGCUGACCGCGACCAGCUGUUCUACACCCCCCACAAGAACCCUCCUGAAAUCUCUCAGCCAAAGCCAGUGGCGACAUGGGGCGACUACAGGGAGCAGACGUCCAAGCAGUCCAAGAAGCUCAACGCCACCAUGAAGCGCCUCAAGGCAGCUGGCAUCGACUAUGAGUUCCAACCCAAGCCCAAGGCAGAGAGGCCGGAUCAGGGCCUGCACCAGCGGUUCAACGAGGCUGGGGAGGCCACCCCAGCAGCUGCAGCACCCAAGGCACAGGGGGCGAAGCAAGGGGCAACGCAGAAGGGUGAUAAGAAGGUGGCAAAGAAGGAGAAGAAGCAGAAGGAGAAAAAGGAGGAGAAGGAGGGCAAAGAGGAAGAGGAAGGGAAGAAGAAAGCGGGAGAUGGAGAGGCAGGGAAGCAAGCGCAGGAGGGCAAGGAUGGGAAAGAAGUGCAAGUAGAGGCGGCUGGAGGGGAGGGGAAGGAAGGGACGACUGGGGUUGCGAUUGAGUCUGCAGGAAACGAUGGGGUGAAGAAGGGAGAUGAAGACGUGGUGGCACGCGCCAAGGCUGUGGCUGAGAGGCUGAAGCAGGAAGCGGACAAAUUUGCAGAAAUGUUGGGGAAAGGUGCGGUGGAUGCUGAGGAGGAUGGUGGGGCGAGAGAGGGUGGGGAGGGUGAGGACGAGGAAAGCGAGGAAGAUAAAGAGCGCGAGAAAAUUCAGGAAGAGCCAUGGAGUGAUGAGCAUGAGGAGGAGGAGGAGCUGUUGCAUGAAGAGCAGGAUGUGGAGGAGGAAGAGGAUGAGAGUGAGGGUAGCGAAGGGGGUGGUAAUGAGGACUAAAGAUUGUUGCUUUUAAAAAGGGGAGGUAAGGGUUGUGUCUUUGAUUUCUUGUUCAGCUAUAGUACCAUUUUUCUUCCUUAAGAUGGCAGACACGCUUACACUUAUGCUUGGUGGAAGACAAU